UUAGGCAGCAUAUAAUCCCCUCUAGACCACUAUGUAUAUUCCAUUCAUUUUGAUAUAUUCUUUCUUUACUUGCAACUAGGCCUGUAAUCUGUCAUGGAAUUUGGAAGAGAUAUCAACAUCGAGAAUGAUGCUUCUCAUUGUCAUAACGACUUGCUUAGCUCUUAUUCCAUCGUCUCUUACACCGCCACUCCCACAUCUUCCACUUGUUCUUCCUCCUCGACUUCGGGUUGUCAUCCAAACGGUGUAGCUGAAAAAAGAUUGAAGAAAGGUGGAGAUAUGGAGAAUGAUGAUAAUGAGAACAAGAAGAGACAAAGGAGUACUUGUGGUAAUAACGAUAGUAAGCAUGGGACGUUCCGAGGAGUGCGUAUGCGAAGUUGGGGCAAAUGGGUGUCUGAAAUUCGAGAACCGAGGAAGAAAUCGAGAAUAUGGCUCGGAACAUACCCCACAGCUGAAAUGGCUGCUCGAGCUCAUGAUGUAGCGGCACUUGCCAUUAAAGGUCCCUCGGCUUACCUUAAUUUCCCUGAAAUCGCAAAGCAACUCCCACGCCCUGCUACUACGUCUCCCAAAGACAUCCAAGCAGCGGCUUCUCAAGCGGCUGCCUCGACAUUCCUCGACACAAGGCAAUGCAACGUCGAGACCGAAGCUGGAGUAAGCCAUGAAGAACUUCACAAUACACAAGAAUCAUCAAGUUCACCCUCCAUUGAUGACGACGACACCUUGUUCGAUCUGCCCGAUCUAAUUAUCGAUACUGCGGACCGAAGCGAUGGAUUCUGCUCUUAUUCUUCAUCGGCAUGGCAAAUAUGUGCAGUCGAUGCUGGGUUCCGGAUCGAGGAGCCGUUCUCCUGGGAUUACUACUAGCAAACACAUAUAUCAUUUCACUACGUGUAAUCUUUUUCAUGGUCAAUACCCUCUAACUUUGAAAAUUAUUCAUCUCCUCUCAUACAAAUAAUAUUCCAAUGCAUUUCCUUCAUCACAAGGAAAGCUGGCUCUUGAAUCGUGAAUCUCGUGGUUUCUUUUCCACUUUAAUCCAUUGGGAUAAUUAAAAAUGAAAUCUCCACCGUAAAAUAUUAAUAUAAGGGCGAGUUUUUCA